AAAUGACGUCAGUGCAGAACAAUAAUAUGGCGUCUACGAUCGCUGUGGCGGCUACAGACAAACAACAUUUAGCGAUUCAGUCCAAAUAACACUGGUUUAUUCUCACCUAAAGACGCCAGUGGGCAACAUAUCUCCGUCGAUAAUGAGAUGUCAUAUUUAAUUUCUCUGGUCGUUGUCUAACACCAGCACUCCAUGUCCGAAGGACCUCGGGCUCCCUGGUCGAAGCGGGGUUGCGUGGAGUCGCAUCGCCGAGAGCAGGGCAAAUAUAAGCAAAGGAAAUGUGAACGUCCCUUCAGCGCAGUGAAGCCGACAGUUGGCCAGGAGGCCUCUAAAAGGUGCCUAAUGGCGGGGGAUGUGGAGGUGUACCUUUCGCAAGGGCAUGACGGCAGUGUGUCGUCGGGCUUCAGAGCCUUGUAUGAGGAGCGACUGCUGCUCGAUGUCACUCUGCUCAUCGAGGAGCACCACUUCCAGGCGCACAAGGCUCUGUUAGCAACGCAAAGCGACUAUUUCCGGGUCAUGUUCACGGCCGAUAUGCGGGAACGUGACCAGGAUAAGAUUCACAUGAAGGGGUUGACGGCAGCCGGGUUUGGUCACGUCCUUCGCUUCAUGUACUACGGUUCUUUGGAGUUGAGCAUGCUCUCGGUGCAGGAGAUCCUGCAGGCUGCCAUGUACGUGCAACUCGCCGAGGCUGUAGAGUUCUGCUGCUCCUUCCUGCUGGCCAAGAUCUGCUUGGAGAACUGUGCUGAGGUCAUGCGCUUGCUGGAAGACUUUAGUGUCGGCGUGGAAGGCGUGCAGGAGCAGCUUGACGCGUUUCUGCUGGAGAACUUUGUGCCCUUGAUGGCACGACCGGACUUCCUAUCUUAUCUGAGUUUGGAGAAGUUGAUGGCAUAUCUGGAUAGUGACCAGCUGAGUCGAUUUCCGGAAAUUGAGCUGUACGAGGCGGUGCAGGCCUGGCUGAGACAUGACCGGCGGCGCUGGAGACAUACGGAUGCGGUCGUGCAGAACCUGCGCUUUUGCCUCAUGACCCCUGCCAAUGUCUUUGAAAAGGUGAAGACAUCAGAGUUCUACCGUUAUUCCCGCCAACUGAGACUAGAAGUAGACCAGGCACUCAGCUACUUCCAUCAAGUGAACGAACAACCGCUGGCGGAAACCAAGUCCAACCGCAUCAGAUCCGUGAGACCCCAGACUGCUGUAUUCCGUGGAAUGAUUGGCCACAGCAUGGUCAACAGCAAGAUCCUCCUCUUGCACCGGCCCAAAGUGUGGUGGGAACUAGAAGGCCCUCAGGUGCCGCUCCGGCCCGAUUGCCUGGCCAUCGUCAACAACUUCGCUUUCCUGUUGGGUGGUGAAGAACUAGGCCCAGAUGGAGAAUUCCACGCUUCUUCUAAGGUCUACCGCUACGAUCCCAGACAGAACUCCUGGCUACGCAUGGCCGACAUGUCCGUUCCCAGAUCAGAGUUUGCGGUCGGCGUCAUCGGGAAGUAUAUUUACGCCGUCGCCGGCCGCACUCGCGAUGAGACGUUCUAUUCUACGGAGCGUUAUGACAUUGUUGAGGACAAGUGGGAGUUUGUAGACCCGUACCCUGUAAACAAGUACGGCCACGAAGGAACCGUGCUCAACGGGAAGUUGUAUAUCACUGGCGGCAUCACCUCCUCUUCCACCUCAAAACAAGUAUGCGUUUUUGACCCGGGACGGGAGGGAACGUCCGAACACCGUAUGCGGCGAACGCCUAUCCUCACCAACUGCUGGGAGAACAAGUCAAAAAUGAACUACGCUCGUUGCUUCCAUAAGAUGAUCUCCCACAAUGGGAAGCUGUACGUGUUCGGCGGGGUGUGUGUGAUACUGCGUGCCUCUUUCGAGUCCCAGGGCUGCCCUUCGACGGAAGUGUACGACCCAGAGACCGACGAGUGGACUAUUUUGGCCUCUAUGCCUAUAGGACGCAGCGGACACGGAGUGGCAGUGUUGGACGAACAGAUCAUGGUGCUUGGAGGACUUUGCUACAACGGUCAUUACAGCGACUCUAUCCUCUCAUUUGACCCAGAGGAGAACAAAUGGAAAGAGGACGAGUAUCCCAGGAUGCCUUGCAAACUGGAUGGACUGCAAGUGUGUAGUUUGCACUUCCCAGAAUACGUUCUGGAACACGUGAGACGCUGCAGCUGAGUCUUUGUAACUUCUCGACAGUUUAGGAGACAAACGUUUACAGGUGUGACAAGUAAUACUAAUACUGUUGAAGCUUUUAAACUGUAGGCCAGUGCUUAUUUAAGAAGAAAACUCCUUUUUAGGCUUUCAUUGUAGAAGGAAGGUUUGUUAUUUGGUCCGUAAAAACGAAUACAGACAACCUUUUUGCUCAUACGUCUGACUCAUUGCACUGUAAUCAUCCUGUAGAGCACAUAAUACUCUUCAUGUUUCGCCACAUUGUCUUCUAUAUGUGACGUUCUUCUAUAUCCCUUCAUUCUCUUUACAGGAAGUCAUGUUUUAUGCGUGCGUAUUUCCACAACAGGUAGUCUGCUGUGUCUAGGAGCGGUUGGAAAACAAAAUGGGGACUAAAUGAAGUAGAGGAACUCAUGAAAAAAGUUACAAACUUCCCUGUCCCUUUUUUCUUUGACAUUUACUAAUCUAAGAAUGCAUUUGUGCUGAUACUAGUGAUGUUGUAGUGGAUAAUGACUGUAAUGAUUGUAAUCUUGACGAUGAUGUUGACAAGCAUUGCACUCGUAUAAGGGCGUAUAUUACUGCUCUACAAUAACACCAGUCCUCCACUGCUGACUGCAAAGAGAGAAAAGGGGACGGCAGAGAUUAGGGGACGCGUAGUUCCCACUUCUCCAACCUUUAUUAGUUGUGCUUAUGCUUAUUUUCAACUUAUUUAUUAAAAUGGCAAAGCCUUGCCUUGAUCCAAUCUGUGUAAUGUAAUGAACUGCUUUCUCUGUGUGUGUGUGUGUGUGUGUGUGUGUGUGUGUGUGUGUCUGUCACUCAUUUUGUUUCACCAGCAAAGGGCUAAAGCACAUAUGCAUCUUGUGUUUAAUGUCUUAAUGAAACACUAACAGCAGUUCUGUAAGUUUAGGCAUCCACUAUGUAUUAAAAUCAGUUGUGGUUAAAGGGAUAGUACACCCAUUAUUCAUCAAUUUCUCACCCUUAUUUCGUUCCAAGCCAG